GUUCGUGACCACGCUGACGGUCUUGCUCUUCGUGGUCACCAGCCUGGACGCAGCCUUCACCUGGUGUGACCGCGUGGUGGCCAUCUCCCACAUGGCGACGGUCCGGGAGUUCUGCGCCGGCUCGCCCGCCGGGAGGUCCGACGCGCUGGACUACUGCACGCUCUCCGCAU